AUGGCACGGCUGGGCCUUCUCGGGGCCAUCCUCCUCGUCUCACCUUUACGAUCACCAGGUUUUGCCAGCAAUUCUUCGGCUUGCUCGCUGCCCGAUGGCUGUGUUGCUGGCUUUUCAGAGAAUGAAGAAGAGAAUAUCCAGGUCAAACUGCUUCAGGUCAACGUGGAGUUAGGGAGGACAGCGGAUGCCCGGGAGCAUCCCGGUGGGCGGCGGUCGCUGGCUGAAAGACUUCGAGAGGGAUGGCAACGCAAAUUCUUGCCUGUCACCACUUCGAUCCUCUUGCCACAUGGUUUCGCGUUCGUGAUUGCGCAGUUCCUGAUCCGGCGCCACCGAAACAAGAAGGCCGAGUGCUUUACGGACCCACAGGAGGAUGCUCCCAGGAGUCUGCCCUACAUCGCUGGAAGAGUUGGUCCGAUGUGGCUGAUCCACGCACUGUCCGUGUUCGUCUAUGCAGUGUCGGCGCCAAGCGCUGACUACAUGUACCUGAACUCUUUUGCAAAGCACUAUGCCGAUGGCCAUCCUACGGAUUGUUCCACAGCGAUGGACACGAUGCCGUGCAGCCGGGCGGUCGUCGAUGUGACGCAAAUACAGGUCAUUCGAGGGUUUGCAUUGCCCAUUAUCCAAUUCUUCGCUGGACCUGCGUUGGGAGCCAUCAGCGACGCCUUCGGUCGGCGCCCAGGAGUAAUUUUGAUACGAAUUGCAUUUGUAAUUUCGACCGGGACUGGAGCAGCGGUUGCUUGGUUUGACCUCUCUGUCUGGAUUGAUUUUUGGAUUGGGUUUCUUGGGAUGAUCCCUUUCCUUCCAGUGCCCCUCGCUUGGUAUAUCGACCGCAUUGACCAUACGCCCAGCAUUGUCAUGGCCACAGCUCUGAUCGAAAGCUCCUGCACUCUUGGUUCAAUUCUGGGCUCUCUCCUUGGUGGCUUCCUCAGCCUCAAGGUUGCAAUGCUAAUUGGCUUCUUGGGGAAGCUGGUGUGUUUGCUGCUUGCACUAUUCGCCUUACCAGAGUCGCUUCCGGAAGAAAGGCGAAUCCGGUUUACCUGGUCCAGUUUGCUUCCCACUGCAGCACUCCGGGUGCUUUUCCAGAGCCCUCUGGUGGAGAAGCUUACAGCGAUUGCCGUCAUAGAUUCAUUCCACUACAAUGGCUUUUACACCAUGAUGAACCGCUUUUUUCAGCAGCAUCUCGCAUUUACUCGGCAAGAGAUGUAUCUGCAGGCCAUGAUAGCACAAUUCUCAGACAUCGUCUGGCUGACCUUGGGCGUGUCUGCGCUUUGGCCUAUCCUUGGGCAGGUUGGCAUCCUGGUUUCGAGUACACUUGCGACGGCCUUGUCGGAUGUGCUGUUGAUGAUGGCGGGGAAGAGCUGGCAGGUGAACCUGAACUGCCUGAUCUUGGGAGGUUUGGGGAACAUGAACGGCUGCGUCAUUGCCGGCAUUGCCGGUCGAGCCGCCUCCCAGGAGAAGCAGGCGAUGUUCCAGAGUGCGCUGAACCUCGCGAUCCAGGUCAGCAGCGCGCUGGGCCCUGCAGCCUUCAUGACCGUCUACCAGCUGUGUGACCCCACGGCGCCGGGGGCUCCACAGUGGAGGAUGUCCGUCUACGUGCUGUAUGGAGUCAUGUUUGCCGUUCCGAGCCUGAUGCUUUCACUGGCACUUCGCAGAUUUAUCGAAGAAGAGAAGGACCACGACUCCGGCUUCAGCAGUUGA